AUGCGACCUGCUGCCAAUACGAAAGAGUCCUCACCGUCCCAAAAGAGUUUCAAGCCAAAAUCGGACAAACAGUUUGAAGAUACGAAAGAAUCGCUCAGAGGAAAUAUAAUGGAGUUUGCGCAAGAAGCAGUGAAGAAGAGGGAAGAAUUGAAACAGCAAGAAGAAGAAGUUAGCGAUGAGGAAGUAAACGCAGAGGACGAGGAAGAGUCAGGAAGUGAGGAGAAAUCAUCCUCAUCGUCGACUACAGCUGAAUCC